AUGGCUACAGUGAAUGAUAAUACUAGUUCAAGUGUAGCUGAAGAAGACAUUAAUCGAAAUAAAUCAUUUAAACUCUAUCAAACGAUAGCAUAUGCUAUAUGUGUUGUCACAUGCCAUCUUGGUUUGUAUCUUGGUUUAAUAGCUUUGUUUUACUGUUGGUUUGUUGGAUCAUUAUUGGGACUGAGUUAUGCAAUUAGUGCGUUGAUGAAUUCAAUUUGCAGUUUCUUCGUGUUCUGGCACUUGAAAGGUCAAACACCGAACGAUCUUGAACGACGAGAUUAUCUGGUCUGUUGUAUCAAUGGUGCACUUAUUUUUGGUUCAUUUCUAGGCAUUAAAUCUCAUGAGAUACAACUCAUGAUCGAUCUUCAAACACCAACAGGUGAUUGGUUUACACGUGUUUACUCUGUGAUACAUAUUAUUUCUUUUAUUACAUUGUCGAUUGUAAAACUAGUUCUUUCGACAAAACUCAAAUCAAAAUCCUUAUUUUAUGAUACUCUGAGUUCUAUCACUGGUAUUGUUCUCUCCAUUGCAUUAAUCUUACGAGAUCGUAUAUCAAUUUCAAAGGGAGAAAAGGAAAUCAUUGGUUUUCUAUGCAUGCUUACUGUUAUAUCUCUACCUAUCAUUAGUUUCAAAUUGAUCUUUAUUGGAAUAGUUUAUCAAAAUAAGUUAUAUCGUCAAUCAUUUCGUCAAGAAAGCAACAAUACGUAUAUAAAUGUCCAUACUACUUUGUUAUCAUCGAGCCAUACACAUGUAAUUCCUUGA